AUGAAGAGAGGGAGAGGGCGAGGGCGGCCGCCGAAGAAUACGGUGCCUCCGCCAUCAAAAACCCAACCAGUGUCACCUACACAACAACAAUCAGAGCUGUGCAACCAUCUGGAGAGUAACACUAGCUUAACCGAAGAAGGGAUUCUGGAAACCCUAGAUGCACGUACUAAACCUAAUCAAGAAGAAAUGGCAACCGUCACUCAAUCGAUUGAUACAACACAACCUGUGAUACCUAAGCAACCUGAGAAUGGAAAACCUAUCCAUGAAGGAGCAUCUGAGGAAGUUCGUAAACUAUGGGUAGAUGUGCUAAAGGAUAAUCGAAAUCCGACGAAGGGUAGGGCGAUGAAAUUCAUCGCACCCCAAGUAGUGAAUGGAAAAGUGGAAGUUGUAAUUGAAGACGAAGACAUUAUCUCUGAAGUUAAAUUUUGGGAAUCAUCCUUGAUCCUCUAUACAAUGGGGGUUGACCUCAGCAUGAAUGCAGUUAAGAAUUUCAUGACCAAGAACUGGAAUUUUGUUCAAUUGCCAGAUAUGUAUUACAAUGACGAAGGUUACUUUAUUCUUCGAUUCAAAUCAUUCAAGGAUCGUGAUGAAGUGCUAUUGAGGGGACCAUACAUGAUAAGAAACAUCCCUCUGCUGAUUCGAGAAUAG